AUGAACAAGUCGAUGAACCGUGUCGUUCGCUUCGUUCAAAACACGGCGAUGGUUCUGCGACGUUCGCCUCCGAGUUUCGACGACAUGACCGGUCACGGACACGGAGGUCGGUCAGCAUCACUGGGUUCGUCGAUUUCAGCAUCGGCAGCCAUGGCUGCGACCUUUAACAAAAGCUGGAUCCACCCGCCGGACGCACUUAUGUACGGCCGAGUGGAAUACACGGUGAAGUUCUUGGGAGAGGUAGCGGUUGGCCAGUCGAAGGGUACGGACGUUAUCAAGGAGGCGAUCCAGAAGCUUCAGUUCAAUCUGCAGCUGCGGCGGGCCCAGGGAUACAAGCUUCCAAAGGUGGAGUUGCACAUCAGCGUCGAACACGUGAACAUCGUCGACUACCGCAGUAAACAGCUGUUGUUCCAGUACCCCCUGCAUCGAAUCUCGUUCUGUGCCGAUGACAAGCAUGACAAGCGUGUAUUCGCAUUUAUCGCCAAACGUAGUGCUGACUCGACCGAGCACAAUUGUUUCGUGUUCCUCUGUGACAAAUUAGCUGAGGACAUCACGCUGACGGUCGGUGAGGCGUUCGACCUCGCUUACCGCCGUUUCGUCGAGAGCAACGGCAAAGAGUUGGAAUUACGCAAGCAGUUGAUCUUACUGCGCAAGCGCAUCAACGAGCUGGAGAUCGAAAAUUCGACCCUUAAGGAGCACGUUCGUUGGACUCAUUCCUUCCUGAAGCACUCCCUAAGACAUACGUGGGAAAGCUUCGACGACUUCGUAAAAAAUACUCCUGUAUCGCCUUCGAUUCCCAAUAGUCCCAUCCCUCCUACCCCCAUUAGAUUUGCUAACGAUUCAGCGACGAGAGGCAAGUCGACUGAGCCGGCAGGUUCGACGAAGGAGGAGAGCGGCAGUGGCGACGAACCUGGCAUUACGGUCAACGGGGCUACAUACUGGCACGGCAGUGACCUGUACGACCCGUACUUCAACCCAAGGGAAGGAGAACGGUCGCCAGAAUUCGACAAGCAGAUCAAAUCUAUCGAGAGGCAUCUGACGGAUCUCAGGGAUGGUUUUAAGCAUGGCUUGGCGUUCGCCAACGACGACUUCCAUAUCGACGUCAAAGAUAUCGACGCCGCCGACAGUUCAUCCCUACAGAACCUGUCCACGGCUAACAAGACGUCAAGCGGAUAA